CUCGUCGUUUUGUUGACCUUCAAAUGAUCGAUAGUCCAACCCUAGCAACUUGUUAUCGUGAUGUGUGUUUGUUAAACUACGUUCGUUACGUAGUGAAUGGUGCUGAAGCAAAAAGGAGCGUGACCGCCGAAAAAAUGCCAGUCGGUGGUUAUCCGCCCAUAGUUGCAGUGAGGAGAGAAUACAAGGAAAACAUAACCCAAAUUACGGAGUAACCAUGGCUGAUGGACGAACGUUCCGUACUGAAGACCGGCGAAAGAGAGCGCGGCAGAAUGGAGUCGUUCAACCUUUGCUUACAGACCUCUACCAGAUUACAAUGGCAUAUGCAUAUUGGAAAUCAGGAAAGAUCAAUGACACGGCAGUAUUUGAUCUAUACUUCCGCAAGAAUCCCUUUCAAGGAGAGUUUACUAUAUUUGCUGGCCUGGAGGAAUGUCUCAAAUUUUUCGAGAAUUUUCAUUAUUCAGAUAGUGAUAUUGAGUACCUGAAACAAACACUUCCCCAGACAAUUGAACCUGAGUUCUUUGUGUUCCUACGGCAACUGACAGUGGAAGAUGUGAUAUUGUCUGCCAUUGAUGAAGGUUCUGUGGCAUUCCCAAGGAUCCCAUUGAUGCGUGUAGAAGGUCCAUUGAUAAUUGUCCAGCUGUUGGAGACAACUAUGCUCACACUUGUCAACUAUGCCAGUUUGAUGGCAACCAAUGCUGCAAGAUACCGACUGGCUGCUGGAAAGCAUAUCUCACUGUUAGAAUUUGGUUUGAGGCGAGCACAGGGUCCAGAUGGAGGGCUGUCGGCCUCCAAGUAUUCAUAUGUUGGUGGGUUCGAUGGAACAAGCAAUGUCUUGGCUGGAAAACUGUACAACAUCCCAGUGAAUGGGACACAUGCCCAUGCCUAUGUGACGUCUUUCUCUGACCUCAGUGAACUCAAGACCAAGGUUCUUGCACAUCGCAGCACUGGUGUCCUUCACGAUAUGCUGGACCUGUGUACCCAGUGGCGUGAGAAGCUUGCACCACUGUUGUCACUUCCAGCCUCAGAAGCAUCAGAUGGAGAGCUGGCAGCAUGGAUCUCAUUCGCCAUUGCAUUUCCAACAGGCUUCAUGGCUCUAGUCGACACGUACGAUGUUAGGAGGAGUGGUCUUCUGAACUUUUGUGCUGUGGCAAUGGCCCUGAAUGAUCUUGAUUACAGAGCCCUUGGAAUUAGAAUUGACAGUGGUGAUCUUGCAUACCUUUCUAAGCUGGCACGAUCAACUUUUGAGAAAGUGGCACAUCAGUACAACAUACCCUGGUUCGCUAAGCUCAAAAUUGUGGCCUCAAAUGACAUAAAUGAAGACACCAUCCUAAGCCUCAAUGAACAGGGACACAAGAUUGACUGUUUUGGAAUUGGCACGCAUCUUGUGACCUGUCAAAGGCAGCCAGCGCUUGGUGGAGUAUACAAAAUGGUGGAAAUCAAUGGCACACCUCGCAUCAAGUUGAGUCAGGAUGUGAUGAAGGUGACAAUGCCUGGAAAGAAGACAGCUUAUCGUUUAUAUGGUGCUGAUGGUCAUGCACUGAUAGAUCUGUUGAUGCGGUCAGUAGAGCCAGCACCACAGGUUGGGCAGAAGGUUCUGUGCAGGCAUCCAUUCCAGGAAUCAAAGCGAGCAUAUGUCAUUCCAACGCAUGUAGAGCCUCUGUAUAAGGUCUACUGGCAGAAUGGGAAAGUUUGUUGUCAUCUACCUGGCUUGGAAGAAAUUCGUGAGAAAGUUAGAACUUCAUUGGACAGCCUACGCAAUGAUCACAAGCGAAACCUCAAUCCCACACCAUACAAGUUUGAGUGUGAUUAUUCUCCUGGCUGCCAGGUAUCGGUGAGUGACAAUCUGUACCACUUCAUCCAUGAACUGUGGCUCCAGAAUGCACCCAUUGGAGAGCUGUCUUGAGGCUAACUUCAUGCAGUGCAGUAACAAGUGAUGUAAUGUAACACCCUAGUAAAUCCAAAGUUGCAUUGUACUGCCCAGGACUCAUUGUUUGUUGGGGGAAAGAAUAAACCCUACAUCCACUAGGCCUACAGGAUGAGGUUUGUCUGUUACUGAGAUCAUGUUACACUCAUCUGGAGGGCUUUCUUUACUAUUGUUUUAUAAAUGUUAUAAUUAUUUAAUUCUAAAUUUACUCUACAAAAUGGUAAGAGCAUGGUAUGCUAAACCUUUCAUAACUUAAUUUUAUGAAUAAGUAGUAUAAGAAAGCUGCUGUAAAGUAAGACAGUGUUUUUGUUUUAUUACAUUUUACAGACUUGCAUCUUACAUAAUUUUAUUUUCACAUGUCAGAUUUUUUUAAUGUUGAAGGGUGUUUGAAUGAACAAGAGCACAUCAUAAGUCAAAUUAUCUAGUUAUAUGCACUUUGGGGAGCUGCUACGGCUGGCUCAUUGUAUCUGCUAGUGAUUAUAAAAGUUGCAGUGUUAAUAUGAUGUUUCUCAUGGUAAGUUCAGACUGUUGUAACAUGGAUCGUAGUAUGAAGUCGUGAUUCAUUCUGGUCAUGAAUCUUGAAUAAGUCUGUUAUGCAAAUGUACCACACUGUAAUAUAAAAAGGUGGGAAUAAUGGCUUAUAUGGCUCCGUUUGUGUGUUGUAUUUUUUAUAUGAUAGUUAUGAAGUUAAAGGUAUGCAGUACAAUCUGUCUGGAACAGAACCUAAUUUAAAUGGAGAUUCUGGCUUUAUUGGGUAUGUCUUCAGUCCUGAGAAUAUAGGGAGACAACUAAUGUCAAAUUGUGUCCCAAAUGGAAAUUGUUUAAUAUGGAAACAGAAAUGGGACUAGUGGGAAAGUAUAAAAGAAAGGCUUGAAAA